UAACCUGCAAUUUUGGAGGUGGAUUUUGAUAUCAAGACACCUCAGUUCCACAUCUGUCAUUAAAAUUUGGGCAACAUCAUUGUUUACUGUUGGCUGUGAUAAAUACUUUUCUACCGUUUUCCAUCUAUAAAACCCUUAGUUUUAUUUUGCGAUGUCUUCAAAACUAUCAAUUAUAAUCUGCAUUGCGUUCUUCGUAAAUGUGUUCAGUCAUGAAGAUGAUGUACACACUGUCAAAUACACAACAGAGAAUUUUGCCCAAGAAUUACCAAAGAAAAACCAUUUUGUCAUGUUUUACGCCCCAUGGUGUGGUCAUUGCCAAAGAUUAGGCCCCACUUGGGAGCAACUUGCUGAAAUGCUUAAUGAAGACGAUAGUAACAUAAGAAUUGCAAAAGUCGACUGCACAACGGAUAGUUCUUUAUGUUCAGAGCAUGACGUAACCGGCUAUCCCACUCUUAAGUUUUUCAAAGUUGGGGCUUCUGAAGGUAUUAAGUUUAGGGGUACAAGGGAUUUACCAACUCUUACUACAUUUAUAAAUGAGCAGUUGAGAGAGGGUGAUGAGGGAGAUGCUGAAACAAAACCCCCACAACCCGUAAGUGGUCUUGUAGAAUUGACUGAAGAUACUUUUGAAAAGUUUGUAGCCACAGGAAAACAUUUUGUUAAGUUUUAUGCUCCUUGGUGUGGCCAUUGUCAGAAAUUAGCUCCAGUAUGGGAACAGUUAGCAAAAUCUUUAGAAUUCGAUUCUAGUAUAUCUAUUGCAAAAGUUGAUUGUACCCAAUGGAGACUCGUUUGCAACCAAUUUGAAGUCAAGGGUUAUCCAACUCUUCUAUGGAUUGAGGAUGGGAAAAAAGUUGAUAAAUACCAAGGAGACAGAACGCAUGAAGAUUUGAAGAAUUAUGUGAAUAAAAUGAUGGGUUCUUCUGAAGUACCCACUGAGACUGAGAAACCCCAGUCAGAAGAAGGUGCUGUAGGAACCCUCAAUGGUGAUACUUUCAAACAUGGCAUAGAGACUGGUAUUACGUUUGUUAAAUUUUUUGCUCCAUGGUGCGGCCACUGCAAGCGAUUAGCACCCACUUGGGAUGAGUUAGGUAAAAAAUUUGUAGCUGAUUCGAACGUUAAUAUUGCCAAAGUUGAUUGUACUCUUGAUCUAAAUAAAGAUUUGUGCAACGAGCAGGAAGUUGAAGGAUUUCCAACAAUAUUUCUCUAUAAAAAUGGAGAAAAACUUUCAGAAUAUAGUGGAAGUAGGACUUUGGAAGACUUAUACGAAUUCGUUAAACAACACAUGGGGCACGAUGAGCUUUAAGUUUUAGGUUUUUUUUUUGUUUGGGUGUGUUACAGUUUGCAAUUCCAUUUUUGCGUGAUUAUUGUAAUUCCUUUCCAACCUGACGUGUUAAAUAAACUUUUUUUUAAA